UGAGCAUUUCCUCCUUCCAGUUUAAGCAUCCACUUAUACUUGUUUUAAUUACUUACAGAGUAUAACAAUGGCUUCCUCUUCAUUUCAGUGCCUUAUUCUCCUUUCCUCAUUAGCUUUCUUCUUCUUUGCCACCCCCUCACUAGCCAGAACAUCGUUCAAACCAAAAGCUCUAGUUCUUCCAGUGACGAAAGACCCUUCAACCCUCCAAUACCUCACCGCCAUCAACCAAAGAACCCCUCUAGUCCCCGUUAAACUGACCGUCGACCUCGGCGGUCAAUCACUUUGGGUAGAUUGUGAGGGAGGCUAUGUCUCCUCAACCUACAAGCCUGCACAUUGCGGAUCCUCCCAGUGCAAACUUGCCGAGUCCAAGUCGUGUACCACAGAGUGCUUCUCAUCCCCAAAACCAGGGUGCAACAACAACACAUGUAACAUCUUCCCAGACAACCCUCUGGCCACCACACUCACCGGGAGCGGCGAACUAGGUCAAGACGUAGUCGCUCUCCGAUCCACAGAUGGAUCUAAACCAGGUCCGGUUGUGUCUACCCCAAACGUCCUCUUCAGUUGUGGUGACACUUCUCUGUUGGCAAACCUUUCCGCCGGUGUUAAGGGCAUGGCUGGCCUCGGCAGACCUAAAGUCGGACUUCCUUCUCAGUUGGCAUACGCCUUUAGCUUGGACAGGAAGUUCGCCAUUUGCCUGCCCUCUACAUCAAAAUCUAAAGGUGUCAUAUUUUUCGGAAGAAGUCCAUAUGUUUUCCUUCCCGGCAUUGAUGUCUCCAAGUCUCUUACAUACACCAAAUUGAUCCUAAAUCCGGUUAGCACGGCCGGUGUGUCUUUCGAAGGUGAUGCUUCUUCAGAAUACUUCAUUGGAGUAAACUCCAUCAAGGUGAACGAAAAAAUGGUUCCAUUUAACACCUCAUUGCUGGCCAUUGACGGAGAAGGGUUUGGCGGCACAAGAAUUAGCACUCUGAAGCCUUACACGGUUUUGGAGACUUCAAUCUACAAGGCUGUUGUCAAUGCGUUUGUGAAAUCACUCGCUCACAUACCAAGAGUAAAAUCCGUAGCGCCUUUCGGAGCGUGUUACGACUCAAAGAAGAUCGGCAGCACCCGUGUUGGCCCCGGUGUGCCUGCAAUUGACCUUGUUUUGAGCAAUGGAGUGUACUGGAGAGUGUUCGGGGCAAACUCCAUGGUGCAGGUCAGCAAGGACGUGUUGUGCUUAGGGUUUGUGGAUGGCGGUGUGAGGCCAAGGACUUCUAUCGUGAUUGGAGGGCAUCAGAUUGAGGACAAUCUUCUUCAAUUUGAUUUGGCUAACAAGAGGCUCGGAUUCAGCUCCUCCUUGUUGUUCCGACAGACCACCUGCGCCAACUUCAACUUCACUUCUUAAAUUUGGAGUUUCGGUCAUCAAUGCUUUUUAUUACAAAAAAG